GAAGAAAUGAAUCCCACUACCGAUGAUACAGGGCUCGGGACCAUGUUUGCCUGGGACUAUCUCUUAUGGGAAGUUCGUCUGACAUUUAUAGCUGCUGGGUUUUUGAUCUACCUGGGAGUUUUUCUCCUGUCUCACUGGCUGUCGUCAUGGAUAAGUAGCACUUACCGUGCCUUGCAUGCAAAGGAGAAGGUGUUCUGGAACAUGGCAGUCACGCGUGGCGUGUUUGGACUUCAGAGCUGUGUCGCUGGUGUGUGGGCUCUGCUCAUGGAUCCUGUUUUUCAUGCUGACAAAGUAUAUUCUCAGCAGCAGUGGAGCUGGUUUAAUUGUUUAAUAGCUGCUGGCUUUUUCUUGCUUGAAAACGUAGCUGUUCACUUGUCCAACAUUGUUUUUAGAACAUUUGAUGUGUUCUUAGUAGUUCAUCACCUCCUUGCUUUUGGUGGCUUGGCUGGUCUAGUAAUUAACGUAAAAUCUGGACACUAUCUACCAUUGAUGGGAAUGCUGCUGGAGAUGAGUACUCCCUCAACCUGCAUUUCCUGGAUGCUUUUAAAGGCUGGCCGCGCUAAUACGUUUUUCUGGAAGGCAAACCAGUGGGUAAUGAUCCACCUGUUUCACUGCCGCAUGAUUCUCACUUAUCAUAUGUGGUGGGUGUAUAUUGCCAACUGGAAUAACGUGAUGGAAAACCUGGGGCUUCUUCAUUUUUUGGUUAUGUUUUCGGGAUUAUUUGCAGUCACACUAAUACUUAACCCGUACUGGACAUACAAAAAAACUCAGCAGCUUCUCAGCCCAACUGACUGGAACUUUGAAAAUAAAGCAGUGAAAAAUGGAAAAUUAAAUGGAGAUACAUAUCAAAAGAAGAGGAUAUGACAUUGAAACAGCUGUCUCCUAAGAUAACAACAGAAU